AUGGCCCUGGGCCUGGAGCAGCGGCUGGGCGGCCUCCCCGUCUUCACCCGCGAGGACUUCGAGGGCGCCUGGCGGCCCGUGGCCGGCGGAGGCUUCGGCCAGGUGUUCCAGGCGCGGCACCGGCGCUGGCGGACCCAGUACGCCAUCAAGUGCGCCCCCUGCCUCCUGCCAGACACCUCCAGCUCCGAUGUGAAUUGCCUCAUUGAAGAAGCAACCAAAAUGGAGAAGAUCAAGUUCCAGCACAUCGUGUCCAUCUACGGGGUGUGCAAGCAGCCCCUGGGCAUUGUGAUGGAGUUCAUGGCCAACGGCUCCCUGGACAAGAUGCUGUGUACCCACAGAAUCUCCUGGCAGCUCAAAUUCCGCAUCAUCCAUGAGACCAGCCUGGCCAUGAACUUCCUCCACAGCAUUAAGCCACCUCUGCUCCACCUGGACCUGAAGCCAGGCAAUAUCCUCCUGGAUAGCAGCAUGCAUGUCAAGGUUUCAGAUUUUGGCUUGUCUAAAUGGAUGGAACAGUCAACCCGGAUGCAGUACAUCGAGAGGUCGGCUCUGCGGGGCACCCUCAGCUACAUGCCCCCUGAGAUGUUCCUGCAGAGUAACAUGGCCCCAGGGCCCAAAUAUGAUGUGUACAGCUUCGGGAUUGUCAUCUGGGAUAUCCUCACUCAAAAGAAGCCGUACUCAGGCCUCAGUAUGAUGAACAUCAUCAUCCGAGUGGCUGCGGGCAUGAGGCCUUCCCUACAGACUGUCUCCGAUGAGUGGCCAGAGGAGGCUCAGCAGAUGGGGGACCUGAUGAAGCGCUGUUGGGACCAGGACCCCAAGAAGAGACCCUGCUUUCCAGACAUCACCAUCGAGACAGACCUGCUGCUGUCACUGCUCCAGAGCCCUGUGACCGACCCCGAGAGCGAGGCCCUGGCCAGGAAGGUGUCCUGCAAACCAUCUCUCCGCCGGCCCCGGGAGGUCAGUGAGGAGAUCAGCCAGGAUCUCACAGACAGCGACUCAGGAGGCUGUUGGAAGCCGGUCCUGCGGUUCCCGGACAGCGGGAGCCCAGUCUCCAGCGACGAGGAGUCAUGCUUCUAUGAGAACAGGGUCACCCCCCUGCACUUCCUGGUGGCGCAGGGCGGCAUGGAGCAGGUGCGGCUGCUGCUGGCCCACGAGGUGGACGUGGACUGCCGGACGGCCUACGGCUACACGCCCCUCCUCAUCGCCGCCCAGGACCGGCGGCCGGAGCUGUGCAGCCUGCUCCUGGGCCACGGGGCCGACCCCUGCCUGGCCGAUGAGGACGGCUGGACGCCGCUGCACUUCGCGGCCCAGAACGGGGACGACCGGACCGCCCGCCUGCUCCUGGACCACGGCGCCCGCGUGGAUGCCCAGGAGCACGAGGGGUGGACCCCGCUCCACCUGGCCGCGCAGAACAACUUUGAGAAUGUGGCACGGCUCCUGGUCUCCCGGCAGGCGGACCCCAACCUGCGCGAGGCCGAGGGCAAGACCCCGCUCCACGUGGCCGCCUACUUUGGCCACGUCGCCCUGGUCAGGCUGCUGACGGGCCAGGGGGCUGAGGUGGACGCUCAGCAGCAGAACCUGCGGACACCCCUGCACCUGGCCGUGGAGCGAGGCAAAGUGAGGGCCAUCCAACACCUGCUGAAGAGCGGGGCGGCCCCGGACACCCUGGACCGGAACGGCUACAGCCCACUGCACACCGCGGCCGCCCGGGGCAGGUUUCUCAUCUGCAAGAUGCUGCUCAGGUACGGGGCCAGCCUCCAGCUGUCCACCCGGCAGGGCUGGACACCCCUGCAUCUGGCCGCCUACAAGGGCCACCCGGAGAUCAUCCACCUGCUGGCCGAAAGCCACGCAGACGUCGGGGCCCCCGGCAGCAUGAGCUGGACGCCCCUGCACCUGGCCGCCCGCCACGGGGAAGAGGAGGUGGUGGCAGCGCUGCUGCAGUGUGGGGCCGACCCCAAUGCCGCCGAGCAGUCGGGCUGGAGGCCCCUUCACCUGGCAGUCCAGAGAGGCGCCUUCCUGAGCGUCACCCACCUCCUGGAGCACCGCGCGGAUGUCCACGCCCGCAGCAAGGGGGGCUGGACCCCCGCCCACCUGGCCGCCCUGAAGGGCAACAUGGCUGUCCUCAAAGCACUGGUCAAAGCCGGUGCCCAGCUGGACGUCCAGGCCAGGGAGGGCUGCACACCCAGGCAGCUGGCCCUCCGCAGCCAGAAGCAGGGCGUUGCCGCCUUCCUGGAGGGCAGGGAGCCCUGGCUGGCUGUGGUGGGCAGCGCUGAGCCUGGAGAGCAGCCCGAAGUAUAG